CCCCCCCCCAUCGCGCUAUCCGCGAUCCGACUUUGCCUUCGCCUGCUUUCCGCACGCGCGCACACACUUGCCAUGCUUCCCGCCACUGCUCGCCUUGCUGUCCUCCAGCCCCGGGCAUCGUACCCCGCCCUGGCUGGCGCUGUCACUCGCCAGUUCUCUUCGGCCGCCGCCCCGGUCCGCGGUGAUGAUGACUACAUCCACCCGAAGUCCCCGCUGCCGACCAUGCACUACCAGGCCUCGCUUUUGCGUCUGCCUAUCCCCAAGCUGGAGAACACCGUUCAGCGCUAUUUGAACUCCGUCACGCCGCUCCUGACGCCGGAGCAGCUGUCCUCCACCAAGAUCGCGGUGGUGGACUUCUUCCGCGGUGUCGGCCCGGACCUGCACCAUGAGCUCGUGGCCAAUGACAAGAAGAACAAGCACACCAGCUAUAUUUCCGGCCUCUGGUACGAUAUGUACCUGCGCGACCGGGCGCCCCUGCCAUUGAAUUACAACCCGCAAAUCACGCUCAUGCCGUCGGCCAACAAGCCCGGCCAGGCCGAGCGCGCGGCUGCCAUCAUCCGUAGUACCAUCCGCUUCCGGAACUCGCUGGCCGAGUCGGUCCUCGCGCCGGAGGUGUUCCACACCAACACCAAGCUCAGCAAGGCCCCCUGGUUCGAGUCCCUGCAGGCCGUGCUUCCGGAGCAGGUUUCCACCCUGGCGGCCAUUGGGACUGGCGCCUAUCCCCUGGAUAUGAGCCAGUUCUCGCGCCUGCUGGCCUCCACCCGUAUCCCCAAGCCCGAGAAGGAUGAGCUGGUCUCCUUCCCGGAGUCCAGCCAUGUUGCCAUCAUGUUCCGCAACCAGAUCUACAAGCUGGAGCUCCGUCCCGACGGCCGGACCUGGCUGAACGAGGGCGAGAUCCUGGCCGCCGUGCAGAAGAUCCUGGCCACCCCGGCCCCGGCGGCCGACAUUCCGGCCGUGGGCAUUUUGACUUCGGACGCCCGGCCGGCCUGGGCGGCUGCGCGCGAGCACCUUGCCGGCCUGUCGGCCAAGAAUGCCGCCAGCCUCAAGGCUGUGGACUCGGCCCUGUUCAUGCUCUGCCUGGACGACACGGCCCCGACGAGCAUGGAGGCCCUCAGCCGUGAGAUGCUCACUGGCAGCGGCCGCAACCGCUGGUUCGACAAGAGCUUCUCGAUGAUUAUCAACCGUAAUGGCACGACCGCCAUCAACUUCGAGCAUGCCUGGGGUGAUGGUGUGGCGGUCCUCCGUUACCUGAACGACGUGUUCGAGGACUCGGAGCGCUUCUUGUGUGAGCCGGCCGCCGGGCGCGUGCCCGAGCCGGAGCUCCUCGGCUUUGACUUUGAUGACAAGGCCAAGGCCGCUGUCAAGGCCGCCGAGAAGCGCUUCGACGCGGCCGACGCCGCGCUCAGGCUCAACAUCCUGGACACCGAGGUCAUGAACCGCCAGUGGAUCAAGAACUCGCGCCUGUCGCCGGAUGGCUUCAUGCAGAUGGCCUUCCAGCUGGCGUAUGCCCGGCUGAGCGGCGGCAAGGCGGUGAGCACCUAUGAGAGUGCCAACACGGCGGCCUUCAAGCACGGCCGGACCGAGUGCAUUCGCUCGGCCACCAACGAGUCCAAGGCCAUGUCGGAGGUUUUCCUCAACCCGGCCUCCUCGCAGGAGCAGCGCGCUCAGGCUUUGCGCACGGCUGUUGAGCGCCACCAGAAGAUCACUGUUGAGGCGCUCAUGGGCCAGGGCUUCGAUCGCCAUCUGUUUGCCCUGCGCAAGCUUGCCGAGGCCAAGGGCAUGCCCACCCCGGCCAUCUUCACCGAUGCCGCCUAUGGCAUCAUCAACCAGAACAUCCUGUCCACCAGCACCCUGUCCUCGCCGACCAUCGACGGCGGCGCCUUCGGCCCCGUGCACCAGGAGGGCUACGGCAUUGGCUAUGGCAUGAAUGAGACCACCCUGCGCUUCAAUGUGACCUCCUACCAGGACGCCCAGCCUUUCCUCGCUGCCUUGGAGACCUCGCUGCACCAGAUGCGCGAUGCGGUGGAGCAUCAGCAGCGCAAGUGAAUGCCCCCUCUGCCCUGCCCGUGCUCGGGUCUCGUCGCCGCGUGUGCCUACAUGCGAGGAUAGAACCACUGGAGGAGACCCGCCCCCUCCCCCAUGCACACAUGCGUCCGCGCGCCACUGGACUCCAACGCAAAGUUCACCAAAAUAAUAAUGAUAUAAUAGAGCCAGCCUAUGCC